CAGCUGUUGAGUCAACGAGCGAUUGGACGGGUUGUCUUGGAGCUCAUUAUCAAUAAUGACUUGAUGCAAGGGCUGUUGUUUGGCGGUUGAGAUCUUACAAUGGUCGAGUCGGACUGGCAUCUCAUUGAGCAUGUUAUCAGUUGAUUUAUCGCUGAUCUCAUACAGAAACAAAGCUGUUUUCGAUGACUUUGUAAACGUCAACAACAACGCUUGUAUCGACAACGCUUUGAAUAGCCACGCUUCAUCAUGGCGACCGUUGUUCCAGAUCAGAUCGUAACCGACAAGGCACUCUCAAAUGAUGACACUGAAUAUGCAGCAUACGAGAAGAGUCCUAAUUUUCGACCGGUAGAACCUCUCGGAAAACCGAUUGAUGAGAAAAAGUUCUGGUUCCAGCGAACCAAAAGGAACGCUUACGAUCCAUAUGCAAUAGCUACAUUGCCUAGUGUAUUCGAUGUACCUGAGAUUGCAGACCAGUACAAGCCGCGCGAUGACUGGGAGAACAUCCACAGAUUCGAUCCGUCUGCGCGAUGGACUUGGGAGGAAGAGUUUAAAGUAAUCCGAAAGAUGGAUCUUCGCAUAAUGAGUUGGUGCAUGGUGAUGUUUAUGGCAAUGGAGCUCGACCGCGCAAAUCUCGCCCAAGCCCUGUCUGAUACCUUUCUCGUGGACAUGGGUUUCGACACCAACGUAUAUAACCUUGGCAACACAGUUUUCGCGGUCUGUUUCUUGUCCGGUGAGUUUCCAUCUCAGCUUCUCAACAAGUGGCUGGGGCCUGAUAGAUGGAUCCCGACCCAAAUACUACUGUUCUCCACCGUCUGCGCCUCUCAGUUUGCACUCAAAACAAGAGCAUCAUUCCUCAUUUGCCGAGCAUUUCUGGGCUUCCUGCAGGGUGGGUUCAUACCAGAGAUCGUUCUAUAUCUGUCGUAUUGGUACAAGCACCAUGAACUUACACUCAGAUUGAGCUUUUUCUGGACUGGGAUGUUUAUUGCUGAUAUUCUUGCUGCCAUCAUUGCGUAUGGACUAUUGCAUAUGAGUGGGGUUCAGGGUCAUGCUGGAUGGAGAUGGCUGUUCCUAAUCGAGGGAUUGAUUACCGGUACUGUUGGGUUUAUCUCAUACCUCCUAUUGUGUCCAGGUCCAACUCAGACAGCAAGUUGGUUCCGUGGAAAGCAGGGCUGGUUUACUGAAAGGGAGGAGAUUAUCAUGGUAAAUCGCCUGAUCAGAGACGAUCCAGGUAAAGGAACUAUGCACAACCGGCAACCUGUGACGUUACGAUUGAUAUGGAUGAGUCUGAAAGAUCACGACCUUUGGCCACUGUACAUCAUCGGGCUAUGUUUUAAUAUUCCAACCCUGACACCAACACAAUACUUGAUCCCAUCACUCCGGGCACUGGGGUUUAGUACCUUCGAAUCAAAUCUCCUGACGAUACCAUAUCUUGUGGUGAAGAUCAUCUUGAUGCUUGGCCUCGCGACACUUGCGGAAGUGACUGGACAGCUCGCCGCCACAGCCUCAAUCCUGCAAUUCUGGUCGCUACCAUUUCUUAUCUACCUUCGCGUCGUCGACACAACCAAGGUUUCAAAAUGGAUAACAUGGGGGAUGACAAGCUUGCUGCUCGCGGCGCCACUUGGCCAUCCAGUCCAAGUAGGCUGGGUCUCCCGAAACUCCAAUACUGUGCGCUCGAGGACAGUCGGUGCUGCCCUCUAUAACAUGUUUCUUCAUGCAGGCGUGAUUACAUCUUCCAACAUCUACAGAGCUGACGACGCUCCACUCUAUCGGCGUGGCAACAGCGUCUUGAUCGGAAUCGCUUGUCUGAAUCUUGUAUUGUACGCGCUGGCUAAAGCAUACUAUACCUGGCGUAAUCGUUGCAGGAACCAGAAGUGGUCGGCCAUGACUCCCGAGGAGAAGCUGGUCUAUCUUUCAGAAAAUAAAGACUCGGGAAAUAAGAAGCUCGAUUUUAGGUUUGCCUCUUGAUAGCAAUGGCAAUGGCAUGGGCUAUGAGCCAUCGGGGGCAUCUUAAUUGCAUCUAGCAAGGGAGAU